AUGAAGACUCAUGUGUUCCUUCUAGCUGUGCUAGCAAUCUUCUGCACUAGAGCUCUCGGAUAUGAGGUUUUUAACUACUUGAAUAAUGGUGGUCAGGAAACGGUGCAAAUUGAAAAUGAGAAAAACAUUGCCAUCAUCAACAUCAAUGCAGGAAAAUGCUCUUCUACCACUAUAUUUGACUACAAGCAUAGUUAUAUUGCUUCCAGACUUCUCUCUCGAAGGGCCUGCUACAUCAUGAAGAUGGACCAUGAAAGCAUUCCUGCUUUGGAUGUACUCAAACGAUAUGCUUAUGAGAGACAGGAGAUGCAAAGCAUGUUUUCUCCCAAAUAUACUUGGGUGAAGUACAACCCUAUAGAGUCUCUGAUCACCGAUAUUGAUUGGUUCCUGUUUGGUUCACCCAUAGAGAAGCUUUGCAAACAUUUGCCCCUGUACAAGGGUGAAGUGGUUAAAGAGAAGGGUGGUGCUAAGGGUUGUGCAAAGGUUGGGAUUCUGGGAAUCCUUCAUAUUGGUAUCUGUGCAGACAUCCACCUUUAGGCCUCAUCUAUUAGGAGCUGUCAUUUAGAGGAAAUUCCCUUGUAUUUCAUUCCACUCUGCAGCUAAAUAAUGACAUCACAUUGCUUCCCAUUUACCCUCUGAUGU